AUAUAGAUAAUUAAAGUUAUGACCCUAGUUGUUCGAAAGCCGAUUAAAAUAAGCCGCGGUUAGCGGUUACUCCGCGAUUAAAUGGAGCAGUCAUGGCAGAAGCCCUGCUUUGGGUUCUGUCGUGUUCCCGGAAGAGAUAAAAUUCUCAGAAUAUGGGACACUCAGGCCCGCUGCAGGACUUAACCUUAAAUUAUAAUAUUGAGUGUCUUGUGCAUUUUUUUCCCCUUCAUUGCAGCCCCUCCAGCCAUUUCCAUCCAUCCUAUGAAUACGUCAAUCAUAGAAUUCACUGACCUGCUCUCCUUCUGCAAUGCCUCUGGUCAACCACGCCCUAUCAUCACAUGGCGCAGGAAGGAUAAAGAAAUGAUGUUUCCUCCGGGAGAAUAUCUCAGUCUUCCUAACGUGUCCAGAGAUUAUACAGGACUGUAUGAAUGCAUAGCAAAGAACAGCGUUGGAAACAAAUCAGUGGAGUUCAGAAUAAACGUAUUUUGUAGGUUUAAGCGUCACUCUAAGAUCUAAUCUCAAUAUAUCCUUCCAAAGCCGUGAGGUCCGAAAAUUUUCAUUGAAUGCUGCGGCUAGAAAAAGUCAUGUUAAUCUCCCAGUUUUGGCACUAAUGAUGGCGCCUUAAUUUGUUUUGGUGUUCGCUCUUCGAUCAUGUAUUCGUCCAUUUAAGUGCUGCUUGGACACCAGCGCAUUCGAAAGGUACGCCGAGCAUUGCAUUCAAUGCAAAGAUAACUCAAGGGCAAUACAAGUGGUAUUGGAGGAUGUUUCAGUGCAGGUCAAUCACUGAACUAAUGAGUCGCACUGAGGGCAAACAUGUUAUGAUGGCCAGACUUUUCAAGCGGGCCUCAUACUUGAGCAGUAUAAAUAAGACAUUAUUCCUAGAGUUGUUAACGAACUCCCCUUCAGACUUCUCAGUUGUCGUACAUUUUUUGUGAUAGCUGCGAACGUUUUUAAUACCUAAAGUAUACCGUCGUUUUCAGUGAAAGAUCGGCCAAUCAAAAGGCACGGAUCAGCUUCCGUUAACUACAAGACUACUCUUAGAUGUUAAACAUUUUUGGAAUCUUUUUCAACAGAUCAACCAACAGCACAAGUCAUUCCAAGAAAUGUUACUGUCAAUCAAAGUGACGCCAUAACACUAACAUGUCUAACGUCAGGAAAUCCCUCUCCAAACGUCACUUGGACUACAGACGGUAACCAGUCAGUGAUUCUGUCAGCUGACAAUAAACUCGAACUGGUUAUAACAGGCAAGACAAACGAAGGGAUAUACCGCUGUACAGCUGCAAAUGGAAUCGGUUUGCCCAGCAUAUCAACAGCACAUGUAUUCGUUAAACACCAUAGUCCCAUGAACACAUCAUUUAUUUCCUGUUCAUCCGAUAACACGGCUUGGGUUAACGACAGUGUUGUAUUCAGCUGCUCCUCAGUCAGCAGCCCAUCUCCUGCUACAUAUGUGAUAUAUCACAACGGCAAGAUAAUUAGGAAAAAUAAGUCCGGAUAUCACAAAAUAUGUAACGUCAAGCCACGCCACGCCGGUACUUACACGUGUGAGCCAAGAAAUACCCUCGGUUUCGGAGAACGGAGAAAUGUCAGUUUUACUGUUUACGAGAAGCCAGCUGUUCUUGUGAUUCCACAUGUGCUGAACGUUACGGAAGGACGCCCCGCCCUUUUUAUAUGUAGCGCCACAGGUAGCCCAUCUCCUAACGUCACUUGGACAACCACGUCUAGUGGAGAAGUCUACAACGGAGACAGGCUUGAAAUAAAAGCUGUCCAGAGAAAGGACACUGGAAAUUAUCAAUGUAUAGCACGUAAUGGAAUAUCAGGGCCCAUCAUAGAUACUGCAUUUCUAAAUGUGUAUUACUCUCCCAAGAUAACGAAUCUCGCCGGACCAAGAGUAACAAUCAAUGAAGGUGCUACACUGAAACUCUAUUGCCAUGGUGACGGAAACCCUCAGCCAGUUAUUACUUGGAAAUUAUUGGGCACCAAUCAAACACUGCAGGGAGAAGAUGGACGACUUAUGAUACUAAGAACGCAAAAAUCACACACAGGAGUUUAUCUUUGUACAGCGAGUAAUUUCUUGGGGAUUGACUCAAGAACAGUUGCUGUGGAUGUUUGGUAUAAGCCUUGGAAUACCAGUUUACAGUCAUCUGAAAAAUCCAGCAAGAUAACAUUUAACUCCUCGGUUACAAUCACGUGUAGAACAAAAUCCAGCCCGCCACCUUAUAAUUAUACUUUUUACAAAGAUGGUGUUGCUGUACAGAAAGGAACUGUUCGAUCUUUUAACAUAACACAAGUCAGUUAUCGUGACCAAGGCGCCUAUGAAUGUGUUCCACAGAAUGCGCCUGGGCGUGGUUCUAGUGCUAUGUUAAACCUUACGGUGCAAGGCCCUCCGUUUGUCAUUGAUGGACCACACAACCAAACCGUAAACGAAAGCGAUCCACUGUUGCUAACAUGUAAUAUUGGUGGAAAUCCACCUGCGAAUGUUUCUUGGUAUCAUGACAAUAACAAAGAGCUAACAUCAGAAAGCGUUCUGUUCAUCAGUCACGCCAACAGAAGUCACGCAGGGAGUUAUCGAUGUAUCGCUUCCAAUGGGUUUGGCAAACCUGUUACCUCUCAAGCUAAUGUGCUCGUCAAUUAUAAACCGACAGUUCUUUCCAGCAAGAAAAAUGUCAGUUCAUGGAUUGGACACGAGACUAGAAUCCAGUGCCAGGCGGAGGGUUUUCCUCGGCCUACCAUUCACUGGUCUGGGAAAGGCGUGGUGACCGACGUCAUAUUCUCUAAAACAACCUCACAGAGUACUUUAACUGUAACACCUACCAGCCAAUCAGAUUUCACCAGUUACUCGUGUUACGCAUGGAAUAAUCUUGGACACGACACUAGAAGCUUCGAGCUCGUUCAACUUGCUAUCCCUGAUCCACCAAUAAUAACGCAUUUGGAAAUUGGAAGUUCUUUUAUCCGAGUGUCUUGGAAAGCCCCUUUAAACAGUGUAAGAAAACCUGUGAUUGGCUACCUGGUUCAAGCAGUUGACGACAACAAUCCAAAUAAUGGGAUCAACUGUUCUGAUGUAGCAAACAAUAGCUGCACCAUAUAUGGGUUAAAACCCGACACUAGUUACCAGGUCCGAGUACAGGCCACCAACGCUGUAGGCUAUGGCUUUUCAGCUUAUGAAAAGGUUGUUACAAAGGAUGAAGAAAACAAAAAGAUCAGCAAAUGUGGAAGUUGA